AUGAAGGGAAAGGCUGCUGAAAAGGGAAUCCGCAUAUCAUUGCUUUGUCUAUUCCCUAUUGCUCACACACCAUUCUCUGCGAGACUGUUUGAUGCCAUUGUCAGUGGAUGCAUACUAGUUGUAGUCAGUGAUGAGUUGGAGUUACCUUUUGAAAGACUGCUACAGGAAGAUUGCUGCGAUUUUUUCUCCCGGCGAUGCUACCCAGGCUUGGUGGCUUGUGAAUCAUCUGAGGAGCCUUAG